GUCAAAUAUUAAAAUAACCACAGUAAUAAAUUUACAAAAAAUUUCUUUGGCGAGUUUAAUGUACAUCAUGUUGUCAUUUUUGCUUGCUGGGACGAAAUAGAUUCGUUCAAAUAUGUACGAAGUAUUAUGGAACUGGGUACAGUCGUUUCCUAUAUUAAAAUUACACCAACACUUCAAAAUAAAAUUGAGGAUAUUCUUCAAGUUAAUUAUUAUCACAUUGGUGUAUUUUUAGAUUUCGACUGUCCAUUCAGCAAUAUUGUUCUUGAAAAGUUUUCCAAUCAACUGGUAUUUAAUGAAUCUUAUAUUUGGCUGCUUCACACGAAAUCCUCAUUACCAAUGGGUGAAUCUCUCCGUAAUUUACCUCUAACAGUGGAAUCAGAAUUAACAAUUGCGAUACGUGACCAAGAUACAUUUAAAAUGUACGAUGUCUACAAUCCAAGUUAUCGUCAUGGAGGGUCUCUAAAUGUCACGUACAGAGGACAAUGGAAUUCAUCAAUUGGCUUGGAAAAUAAAUUGACACAAUACAAGUAUAGUCGACGAGCAAAUUUCAAUCUUUUAACGCUGAAUUUUUCGUGUGCCCUGAUAAAUCCACCAUUACCAAAUUUGCAAACUUACAUGAGCAGCAGAGAUAAUCCUCAUUUUGAUACGAUGACAAGAUAUCACUUCGCAUUGGGACAACAACUUCAAGAUAUGUUUAAUUUCACAAUAAAUUUAAAUGUAGCUAAAACAUGGGGCUACCUUGUAAAUGGUACAUUCAACGGUAUCAUUGGUGAUAUGUUAGCAGGCAAAGUUGACAUAAGUAUUUCACCAUUUCAAUACAAAGCAGAAAGAUUAUCUGUUUGUGAAUUUACGGUUGAAACAUGGGUUGUUAAACCAAACUUUAUUUUCCGUCAUCCAAUUGGUAAUUCACUUGAAAAUCAUUUUCUUCAACCAUUCACCUAUAAAUUAUGGUAUGCAAUAUUGGUGGUUGGAUUUAUUUAUUGGUUACUAUUAUUGGCAUCAUUGAAAGUUGAAAUUUAUUAUGGAAAUUCAAAUGAAUCAUCUGGAAGUUUAGUUACAACACCAGCAUCAGAAACUGGACUCAUCACAAUGACAGCCAUAUCUCAGCAAGGAUUGAGUGAUGGUCCAUCAAUUAUUUCAGGAAGAAUUAUUUUUUUAUCAUUAUUUAUAUGGGGCCUUUUACUUUACCAAUUUUAUUCAGCUAGUAUUGUUGGAUCAUUAUUGGCAGCUCGGCCACGUUGGCUCAAUUCAAUGGACAAUCUUACUGACAGUAGUCUUGAGUGUGCUCUGGAAGAUGUUGCUUAUCAUCGUGAUUAUUUUGCUACAAGUACAAAUCCAAUAGAUUCUAGAUUUUGGAAUGCUAAAAUUAAACCAACAAAAAAACGUCCAAACGGUGGAUAUUAUUCAGCAAUAGAAGGUAUGCAAAAAGUAAAAAAUGGUGGAUUUGCAUUUCAUAUUGAUCCUGCCACAGCAUAUAAAGUGAUAGAGGAUACUUUUGAAGAAGAUGAAAUCUGUGAACUGCAUGAAGUUGAAAUGUUACCUCCCCGAAAAGUAACUCUUGUCACUAGUAAGCACUCACCAUUUAAAAAGAUGAUAAUAUAUGGAUUGAGAAAAAUUGUUGAAACUGGAAUAGCCCACCGUCUUCGUCAAAUAUGGCAUCAUCAAAAACCAAAAUGUCCUGAAAGUUAUAGUUCGAAACCAAGUCCUGUUCCUAUCGAACAAUUUAAUCCAGCAAUUUUUUUACUUAUUAUUGGUAUAAUCAUUGCAUUUUUCAUUAUGUUAUUGGAAAAUAUUUUUUUUUAUUAUCAUACGAGUAAUCUCAAUUUCAAUGAUGAUCAUGAAGUUUCAUCAGCCGACAAUCAGUUGGAUGACAUGAAUGACGAGCAAAUUGAUAUUGAUACAAUUUCAGGUUAAGCUGGCAGCUCUUGAAAACUUAUCGAUCAUUUAUUAUUAUAGUGUUUUUUUGUUUUUCAAUAUGUAAAAUGAAAAAUAAUGUAUUGUAACGAUCACUUUUAUUACGUACAAUUAUCACAAUUUUUCGUUAGAUUUCUUUGAAACAAAAAUUGAACAUUGAAUAAAAGAUACUU